AUGGCAUUCCAGUCCCACAUGCUUCGUCUCCAUCCCUCGAGUUCUCUCUCCCACGCCUACGCAUCCAAAUACCCAGGCGGAAAGAAGGACAAGUCACGUUGUGGGCGGAAGACGGACACGGGUAUGGAUAUGGGCAGAGCGUGUGGAGAAAGAUGGAGCGAUAUUAGAGCUAAGGAUAGGAUGGCGAGGCUGGCCGGCUGGGCGGUGGCUUAUUCAGAAACGGGGGUGGAUGAUAAGAGGAAGGAGAUGAUGGGGACGAGGAUGAGUGGGAAAAGGAUCGGAGGAGAUAGGAAUGAGAACGACGAGAGGUGCAAGGGCCAGGUUGAGCAAGAGGAACAGAUACUGAGACAGGCAGAGACGGAUGGUCACUAUCCUAAUCCGCCGGAAGCGAAUAUGAGGUUAGGGAGAAUGGUUGGUGCGAGUGGCGAAGAGGGUUGGGUAGGUCUUGAGCGAUAUAAAUGGGGUUUCAUGGCGGGGCUCUUAGACGGUGGCGACUUCUUUGAUAGUCCCUUCGACCCUGGGGGUGAUGGUGGUGGAUCUGGCGCUGGUGGAGGAGGCGGAGACGUGGGAUAUGAUGACGACAACGACGACAGUGACAAUAGGACAGGUGUCCGUCCGUCCAGUCGAGUAGGCGAGGGAGGAAAACUGACUGACGGGAUGGUCGGAAUCGUUGUAGGAAUAACGAAAGGAGGGAAGAUGGUGCCUAUCAAGAUAGAAAAGGAUCUGGAUAUCGAUUUGAGUGGUCACCUUGCUCUCAUUCGGAUUCGGCAGGCUUUUCGAGCACAUCACCUACUCACCGUGCUUGCCGAACGUUUGGUGAUACUGGUUGAUCUCCUUGAAAAUGUUGGACGUAACAGACAUCGCGGGAAUCUCCAACAGUUUCCAAAAGGCUCGACUCUGCGAGCGGAGAACGAGCAUGGCGUGGAGAUGAUCGUCAUCGUCGGGAUGAACGCGGAGAUGGCCUUGAAUUUCCCGGGAGACCAUGAUGAGGAUCUCUGGCGGCAGACGCGCGAUGCGCGACGGGGAUGGGGUAUAGUCGACGAGAUCAUGCAUGUCGCCACACACACGGGAUCGGGUGGCGGCCACGUGGGCGCGCUCCGUUUUGGGAACCGGGAUGCAGGCCGGCGCUCCAAGACGUCUCUCUCUUACCCGCAUAUCUACUUGGACCCGACAUCACUACGCAAGAUGAGCAUGAGGCGUCGUCGUUCACCACCAACGCCCCCACCCAACGCCGAGCCUUCAGAAGACGGAGGCGUGAAGGUCGAGGUAAAGUCGGAGGAGACGGCGGUUCGGAUCAAGAUGGAGGAUAACCUCAGCAGGACCCGAGAAAUGAUGAGGGACGUCCGCGUUCAACUGGGGAUGCAAUAUGGCGAUCUCGACGAGGUCGAAGUGAAGCCUUUGCGUGAGCUCGACAGGCUCCAAGGGAUCCUCCGCGACAUGCGUGCUGAUCGGUAUCAACGGGGGGUGCAAGGAGGAGGAGUAGGAGGAGGAGACGGGAACGGAGAAGGAGGAGGAGAUGGGAACGGGGCCACGACAGACAGCGGUGAGUGCGUUUCAUUCACUGUGGAGGGUGCAUGCCUUGACAAGGAUGGCCGUUUGGUGCAGGAGGUGUUGGUGCAGAGGGGGGGCCGCAUGGUGAGUAGGGGAUGCCAAACGAGGCUUGACGAUACGGAAGCUCUGGGUGGGUCCUCGACAGCGGAGGAUGGAGAAACUGGCGAAGGUCGUAGGGCUUCCGAUCGCGACCGAUCCCCUCGAGUGCGACCUGGGACGGAGGCGAGAGGUACGACGUCGGCACACCAAGUGGCCGGUGAACCGCAGACGGAACGCGGGGAUGGUCGCGGACCCGGAGACUCUGGAGAAGGCGAGGACGUUCGUGGUGAGGAUGGGGUGGGUGAUGGAGGAAAUGGAGGCGACGGAGGCAGAGCGCGCGCUAGACCCAAAAAGAGGAAGGUCGGUCGAACGCGUGGAGGUGGUAGGAAGAGCAGGCAGGAGAGGGUGGACGAGAGGGGGUGGCUUCCGCCGUCCCGCGCGGAUAGAGAGGUGGACGAGGAGGCGGUGAGGCGGCGCAGGGCGUCAUUGAGGAAAAGGAUUGAGUGA